GCUUGUUGUGUUGUGUGUGGAGCUAGAAAUGGGGUUGGUGAGCUGCACCAAGUGUGAGUUUUAACUGCUAGAAUGGUUUGGUCAUCUAAACUUGCCAUAUAGUUUACUUCAUAGACUUAGACUUGUCUUGUAGCUUAAAUUGGACCAGUCCUAGAGAAAAGCUAGCAAACAGAGAGAGAGUGGACCAGGUGUGGCAGGUAAAGCAAGGCCGCCGAAAUACUUUGGUCGUUAGCCCUCUUCUUUUCCCUGGUCAUCUUGCUAUAUAACAAAACUGACUUCAACUUUCUUCUUGUACGUUACAUGGUUAUUACAAGUUUCUGUGUUCAUACAUAUGAAAUAUGAAAUGAUUUUUCCCCACUCUGAUGCUCUCUCAUGCAUAUAGAGGAUUGAGAAGAUAUUGGCCCUAGAGGUUGAAAUCAAUUGUUGUUGGGUAAAUUUUUGUCUGUCAAAUAUGGGAAGGCAGUUGCAUCGUGAGCACUCUGGCCUUCAAUUUGAGAGCUACCAUCCAGGCUGCCUAUGGAGCAUACUGCAUAUUCUUGAUAAUCAUCAAUGGAGAAAUGUCAAAAGGAUAAUUCCAAAUAAGAAGCACCUUAGAGGAAGAAAAGCCAUAUGCUUCGGAAAUCCAAAGACAAUAUCCCUGGAACGUGAAAGUGGUGAAGCGCAAAAUUUUCUGGAUGCUGAUAACUUUAUAGUCGAACAGGAUACUACCACAAAUUCAAUUGAAAAACAUUCAGGCAUAGCCAGCAUUAAAGCAUUAAUCAGUGAAGAGAUGUCCAAGGAGGAGAACCAGAAGCAGUUGAUUUUGGGCUUCCCUGCACAAUCAAAGUUGCAGCGAACAUAUUCAAUCCAUCAUUUAGAUCCUUCAGACUUUCGCCCUGGUAAAAUAAGCGAUGACUGGACAAAUCCAAUUAUCGUCCUUCAUAAAGAUGAAAAGACUUCGUCCACUAGAUCUCGGGUUUCAUCUCUGAAAAAGAGAACGAGGAAAAUAAUUGCAAGAAAUAAAAAGCGUGAUGUGGGUGAUAGUGUGAAUGUUGAGGACAGCUUGGGACAAUACCAGCUUUCUGGAAAGCAGGACAAAGUAAUGGAAAACUCAAAAAUUCAGAAGCAGAUAGGUACUAAGCAGCUCAGUCGAGAAAUUCUGCAUCACCAGAUUAAGGAAUAUGUGGAUGUUCUUGAGAUAUUCAAGGUAAACAAGGAGGAAUUCCUCAAACUCCUGAAGGAACCUGAUAUUGGUGUCUCAGAGAAUUUCCCUGGCCAGCAGAUUUCCAAUAGAAACGUAAAAUUAACCAAAUCAGGAUCAUUUCCGGUAGCUGAUUCAUCUCGUAUUAGAUAUCUUAGACCCAGUACACUUGAACACAAGCAGAAUGAAACUUGGGCCUUCCCAAAAGGAGAAAUGCCGGUACGCAGUACUGAAGUACCUAAUCCUGAUUCAGCGAGGUCUCAAGAAGGUUAUAAUUCAAAGACAGUGCCCUCAUUAGGGGAUGAUAAUGUGGGAAGUGCCAUUAAACAAAAAGCUAAUAAUUGUUCUCAGGGUUCAUCCCAGGUAUCUAUUCAUCAGCCUUGGAAUAAGUUGGUUAAAGGUCACUUCAGAGGUAUAAAGCGGAGACUAAGGCAUGCUAUUAAAGAGAAACAAAAGGAGAAUGACCACUCAAAGACUGAUGGAAAACAGAUGCCUACAGGUUCGGAAAACAUAAGUGUGGGCGAUGAUGGUACAGACAGCUCCAGAAUGUAUCAUGAGAGGGAUGGUUCUGAUCAUGAUCUUAGUAAAAGCAGAAGAAGACACAUGAGAAGAACAACCUCUCUAAAUGAGUCCCUGGAAAAAUAUGCUCGGUUGUUCGAGUCUAGUUCCAGCAGAGGAGCGAAGUUACCUCACUCUAACAGCUUAAAGUUGAGAAAUGAAGAUAAGACUUCUUCGAGCGAGCACACUCCAAAAUUUUUCAAAAGGAUUUCCUCCCUGUCUGAUCUUGAGUCAUUUUCAUCCUUAUUGAAUGAGUUGGCUAAUGAAUCAGAGAUGCCAGUUAGCACUGAAGUGGAUUGCAAUACAAACACUGAAAGUGAUAAUCGUGAUGAAACGAAGUCAAGUGGCCUUCCUGUUGCUACAGAUAAGCUGGAACCAUUAGAUGCUAUUGUAGAGACUCAAUUUCAAAAGAGUACUGAACAAGGAAGUGACAGCAAUGUGGGUAUUGAACAUUCAGGUGGCUUAAUGGUGGAUAAAAUUGGUGAAGAAAUUUCUAUGACAGGUGAAUUUGGUGAGAAUACCAUCGAUGCUUUAAAUGUUGGUAGCAUCCCUCCGCAAGAUCAGGAGAUUGAUUCCACAAUGAAUCCUAGUGUAUGCCUUGAUCAACCAAGUCCAGAUCCGGUGACUGAAACUUGUUUUCCAGACAAUAUACUAGACCCUGCAGAAGUUCCAAUUUCAGAAGGUUCAGAGUUGAAUCCCGUGCACAUUCAUAUCCAUGAGGCAGAUUCUUCUUUCAACCUUGAAAAUAGGUCCAAUGCAGAUUCUUUAUUAGGCUUGUGCGACAGAGUGAACACUGAUGAGGACAAUCACUUUCUGCAUUUCGAAUUGGGUAACAACGACGCUUCCUUCAAUUAUGUGAGAGAAGUUCUUCAUCUGUCAGGAUUCAUCGGAAACGAAUGCCUAGGAACUUGGUACUCACUAGACCAGCCAUUGAAUCCUUCAGUGUUCAAGGAAUUGGAAGAAUACUUGCACCAUGAAUUACAAUACUCUCCUGAGGAGAUUGGAGGAAACUGUGAGCACCAGCUUCUGUUUCAUUUAAUUAACGAGGUACUACUUGAGCUAUAUGAGAGAUCAUUCACCUACUUCCCACGAGCCUUCUCCUUCAAUAGCCACAUUCGUCCAAUGCCAAAGGGGAACCGUGUUCUUGAUGAGGUCUGGUCAAGAAUUUGCCGGUACCUCAGCUUUAGGACAAACCUGGACCAGUCCUUGGAUGACAUUGUGGCUCAAGAUUUGGCAAAGGGUGAUGGUUGGUUGACUCAACAAUUUGAAACAGAAUGUGUGGUUCUUGAGCUAGAAGAUUUGAUAUGCGAUGAACUCUUUGAUGAACUUAUUUACUCAUGAGAGAGUUGAGUUGAGGCCACACAGUCAUGCUCAUGUUCUCUGUAGGAAAACUUUGUAUAUAAAAUUUUGUUACGCUUUGAUUGUACAUACUUAAUAGGGAGGAAAGAAAUUCUUAUAUAGGAAUUCAUGUAGUUGUGCUCUGUAAAAGGUUGGAACUUGGAUGAGUUCUGUUAUUUGUGAAAACCUUAGAGAUUAUACCUGCGUGUAGGUUCAAAUUCAGUAUAAUAAAGAUUUUACUUUGUUGUGAUUAAAUUCCUGGAGUAUGUAAGUGAAGCUUUUUCCUGAUUCAGUUUGCAGAUUCUUCAUUGUAUGACAGAAUUUAUGGAAGAUGAAGUGAGGAUAUAAAGCUGCUAAGAUCUUGUAAAAUA